AUGAAAGUGGUGGUGGAGAGUUUGACUGGAACACUUUUCUACGUGCAUGUGAAGAAUGACGCCACCGUGGCUGACUUAAAGAAGGAGAUUGAGAACCACCAGAAGAUCCCUUGUGACCGUCUGAUCCUCCUUCUUGAUACUGAUCGUUGUCCUCUGAUGAAUCACAACGAUGAUGACGAGGAAGAAAGGGUGUCACUGAAUGACUGUGGGGUCCAUGAUGGCUCCCACAUAUACCUCUUCUUCAACCCUGUAGAUGAUGAAUCCAAUGGCAAUUACCAUUUUUGCUUCACCUUGCCGGAUGUUCUUCUCAGCUAA